AAAGUUAAAGCAAAGAAUUUAAUAGUAAAAGCGAAGCCAGGAGACAAAGCACAUACCAUUUUCUGACCCGCACAGAUAGACAGAGAAAAAGCGGAAGCUUCCUUUUGAAUUGAUUCAGUGGAAUUUUCCUCUGCUGUUUUCUCUCUUGCCAAACGGACAGUAGUCAAUGUUAAUGCACAGUAGAAGUGGCAAUGUUCCUGAAGAUGAUGUGAGGAACCUGAUGUUCCAGUCAAAAGUGUGCGACUUUACUGCCUCCUGAGGCUGGCUUGAAAAGUUAGAUUUAUAUUCAAUCCAGAUGCAUAUGACAGAAACGUUAGUAUUCUGUCACUCUGAGUGGUAAUGCCUCCUUCACAAAUGAAAUGGUACCUUUGGUGUUGCAUUCUGGCGGGGCAUGUUUGGAUAUCUGCCCUUUCUCUUACUUCAGGGAAGUACAGAAGCACAGCCAAUGGUUCAGAAGAGUGGUUGCACAAUGUCAGCUCAGAUAUAAUAGAAGAUUUUCAGAGAAGCACCUCAACUUAUAAGGUCACAAAGUUAUCAUCCCUGUUAAAUGAUUCUGUAUCUUGUGAGGACCUGGAAGGUGUUGGAUCAUUCAAUACUACAUGCUUGUUAAACUCAAACUUGAAUUUCAGUUCGGAUCUUUACAUAUAUGGUACUGGAAACCUGGAGAUUCUCCCUCAUGUAUCAAUUGUCUGUCCAAUUGAAGGCUGCAUGAUUACAUUUAAUAUGUCAGGAAAUGUUAAAAUUGGUCAAUUUGCUGCAAUAGUUGCUGGUUCUGUAGUUUUUUCUGCUGCCAAUCUGACUAUGGAAUAUAAUUCUUCUAUAAAUACAACAUCUUUGGGUGGAUUACCGCCUUCUCAAACUAGUGGAACUCCAGUGGGCUAUGAUGGAGGUGGUGGAGGGCAUGGUGGCCGAGGUGCUUCCUGCUUGAAAAAUAAUCAGUCAAGUUUUUGGGGUGGUGAUGUUUAUACGUGGUCAACAUUGUCCGAGCCGUGGAGUUAUGGGAGUAAGGGUAGGGGCUUAUCUACUAAAAUUCCAUUUGGAGGGAAUGGUGGAGGACGUGUCAAGCUUCAAGUGAAGGAUAUGCUGUAUAUGAAUGGGUCUGUAACUGCAGAAGGGGGGGAUGGUGGGACAACUGGCGGAGGAGGAUCUGGUGGAAGUAUUUCUGUACAUGCUGUAAAGUUGAAGGGAUAUGGUACCAUAAGUGCUGCUGGUGGAAGAGGAUGGGGUGGAGGUGGCGGUGGAAGGUUAUCACUUGAUUGUUACAGCAUACAAGAAGAUGUAAAAGUCACUGUACAUGGUGGUUUGAGUAUCGGUUGUCCUGGGAAUGCUGGAGCUGCUGGCACAUACUUUAAUGCCGAUUUACUUAGUUUAAGGGUUGGAAAUGACAAUAUCACAACAGAAACUGAAACCCCUUUGCUCGACUUUCCUACCAGCCCGUUAUGGUCACAUGUUUUUGUGGAGAAUAAUGCAAAAGUGUUGGUUCCACUUCUUUGGACCAGAGUUCAGGUGAGAGGCCAAAUUAGUCUAUACCGUGGGGGCAGCAUCAUCUUUGGAUUGUCCGAGUAUCCAAUUUCAGAAUUUGAGCUUGUUGCUGAAGAACUUCUGAUGAGUGAUUCCAUCAUAAAGGUUUUUGGUGCAUUUAGAGUCGCUGUCAAGAUGUUACUCAUGUGGAACUCCAAAAUUCAAAUAGAUGGUGGUGGAAAUCCCAUUGUUACUGCUUCAGUCCUUGAAGUCAGGAAUCUGAUUGUUCUGAGGCAAAACUCUGUCAUUAGUUCAAAUACAAACUUGGGUGUAUAUGGCCAGGGACUACUGAAGUUGACUGGUCAUGGUGAUGCAAUAAAAGCCCAGAGGCUCUCCUUGUCUCUCUUUUAUAACAUCACUGUUGGUGCUGGUUCUUUACUUCAGGCUCCAUUGGAUGAUGAUGCUAACAGAAAUGUGGUUACAAAAUUGCUUUGUGAGAGUCAAGCAUGUCCAUUGGAUUUGAUUACUCCACCGGAUGAUUGCCAUGUUAAUUAUACACUCUCCUUUUCACUUCAAAUUUGUCGUGUUGAGGACCUUCUUGUUGAUGGUGUCGUGAAGGGAAGUGUAAUUCACAUCCACAGGGCGAGGACUAUUAUUGUAGAUAAUAAUGGCCUGAUCACUGCAUCAGAACUAGGUUGCAGUAAAGGUAUUGGAAGUGGAAACUUUUCAAAUGGAGCUGGUAGUGGUGCUGGACACGGGGGAAGAGGGGGCUCUGGAUACUUUAAUGGGAGGGUGUGCAAUGGUGGUAAUGAAUAUGGCAAUGCUGAUCUCCCAUGUGAAUUGGGGAGUGGAGCUGAGGGUCCCAGUCCGUCAUAUGGGAAUGUGGUUGGAGGGGGAAUGAUUGUGAUGGGAUCCAUCCAGUGGCCACUCUUAAAGCUUGAUGUCUUUGGAACAUUGAGUGCUGAUGGUCAAAGCUUUCAUAAAGCAGCUAGAAAUGGUAAUGGUACUUUGAUUGGCGGACUUGGUGGAGGUUCAGGUGGGACAAUCCUUAUUUUCCUUCAAGAGCUUGGAUUACUUGCACAGAAUUCAUCUUUAUCUGUUGCUGGGGGCAAAGGUGGUCCUCUUGGUGGAGGUGGGGGUGGGGGUGGAAGAGUUCAUUUUCAUUGGUCUAAGAUAGAUUUUGAGGAUGAAUAUGUUCCGGUUGCUAGUAUAAGUGGCUCCAUUAACAGCAGUGGAGGUGCUGGGGAUGAUGGAGGUCAUCAUGGAAGCGAUGGAACUAUCACUGGGAAAAAAUGCCCAAAGGGCCUUUAUGGAACCUUCUGCAAGGAAUGCCCUGUUGGCACAUUCAAAAAUGUUGAUGGUUCUGAUGCACAUCUUUGUAUUCCUUGUUCUGUUGAUCUUCUUCCAAGUCGUGCUGAGUUCAUCUAUGUGCGAGGCGGGGUGACUCAGCCAUCAUGUCCCUAUAAAUGUGUAUCUGACAAUUAUAGGAUGCCAAAAUGCUACACACCUCUCGAGGAGCUUUUGUAUACUUUCGGGGGGCCCUGGCCUUUUGCAAUUUUAUUGUCAUGCGUUUUGGUGGUUCUGGCUUUGUUACUGAGGACUUUGAGAAUCAAAUUGGUUGGUUCAUGUUCAUAUCACAGGGCUGGUUCAAUUGAACAGCACAGUCAUCAUCAAUUCCCAUGUCUUCUUUCCCUAUCUGAGGUACGGGGAACCAGAGUUGAAGAAACUCAAAGCCAUGUUCAUCGAAUGUACUUCAUGGGUCCUAAUACUUUCAGAGAACCAUGGCAUCUUCCUUACUCUCCUCCUAAUGCAAUCAUUGAAAUUGUAUAUGAAGAUGCAUUUAACAGAUUUAUUGAUGAGAUCAAUUCUGUUGCUGCAUAUGAUUGGUGGGAAGGGUCUGUGCAUAGUAUACUUUCAGUUCUCGCGUACCCUUGUUCCUGGUCCUGGAAACAGUGGCGGCAAAGAAAUAAAGUUCAUCGCCUUCAGGAAUAUGUGAAGUCUGAAUAUGACCAUUCAUGUCUUCGCUCUUGCAGAUCUCGAGCCUUGUACAAAGGGAUGAAGGUUGGAGCAACACCAGACUUAAUGUUGGCAUAUAUUGAUUUUUUCCUUGGUGGUGAUGAGAAGCGUCUAGAUAUGGUAUCAAUCAUACAGAAGAGGUUCCCCAUGUGCAUAAUUUUUGGUGGUGAUGGCAGCUAUAUGUCACCUUAUAAUCUUCACAAUGAUACGUUGUUGACCAACCUCCUUGGCCAGCAUGUCCCAGAAACUGUUUGGAAUCAUUUGGUUGCUGGUUUGAAUGCUCAGUUGAGGAUGGUGAGGCAUGGAUCUAUCCGUUCUCACCUAAUUCCUGUGAUUAAUUGGAUAAAUAGCCAUGCAAACCCUCAACUUGUGUUUCAUGGAGUUAGAGUUGAGCUUGGGUGGUUUCAAGCAACAGCCUCUGGUUAUUAUCAGCUGGGAAUAUUGGUAGUGGUUGGGGAUUAUCCACUUCAAAGUCUGCACCAGUCUGAUAUGGGGGAUAACGAGCUACCAAGGUCCAAUGCUGCAUGCACAAGAAAAUGUUCAAAGCAGAUGCAGCAAAAUUGGCCAUUUGUAGGUCAUGCAUUAUCUGUUAAAAGGAUAACUGGAGGAAUUAAUGGAGGUCUUAUAAAUCAUACUACCUUGAGAUCUUUGGAUUAUAAAAGGGAUUUCCUCUUUCCACUCUCUCUCUUACUGCACAAUACAAGACCUGUUGGUCGUCAGGACACCCUGCUGCUGCUGAUAAGUUUCAUGCUGUUAGAAGAUCUUUCUGUCACCAUUCUUAUGUUACUUGAAUUCUAUUGGAUAUCUCUUGGGGCUUUCCUUGCUGUCUUGCUCAUACUUCCUUUAUCCCUUCUCUCUCCCUUCCUUGCUGGAUUGAAUGCCUUAUUCAGUAAGGAACUUAGAAGAGCUUCACUAGCUCGUGUAUAUGCAUUGUGGAAUGCUACAUCGCUUUCUAAUAUUGUGGUUGCUUUCAUGUGCGGCAUUUUACAUUAUGGAUUUUCAUUUUUCCAGCCACCUCACAAGUCAAAUACAUGGAACACUAGAAGGAAAGAGGCCUUUAUGUUCUGCUUUGGCACCGGAGUGGCUGCUUUGCCUUUAUGUUUUGCUUUGGCAUCGGUGUGGCUGCUUUGCCUUUAUGUUUUGCUUUGGCAUCGGUGUGGCUGAUGUUUUUGUAAAUAUGUUCAGAGCUGUAUACAUGCAUUAGUUAUAGGUGCAGCUUUCCUCCAUUGUACUCAGAGAGGCAAGUAGAUUGUAAAACUUUAGAGCACAGUAAGGAAGAUAGAGAUUAGAUUCAAUCAUUUUUCACCAGAAAUUAUUGUAAUGCGAACAUUUUCAUUAUUUCUAAUAUAUAAAGGAUAGAUCUGUCUUUUUAUCUG